UAUACCGAUCUAUAUCCAUCCACGGAUAUUAUAGAUAUUAUAUUCGGAGCUCCCGUCGGUUUAUCCCAUCAUUUUCAUGAUCCUCUGCAGCUUCCGAUUACCCCUGGAACGAUGGCUCCCUGCCCGGUGUGUUGUCUUACAAUCGAGACGCCUUGUCUCGGCCAAUGCCAGCGAUUCGUACUCCAAGCCACUGCCUUCUGAUGUAGUCCGGUUUCUGCUGGAAGAAACUACGCAACGAGAUGAAGACAGAAGAUUAUGUCCUGAGGUCCGUGAGCAUCUUCAGGGGCUUCUCCUUGCCGAGCCAUCACGGAGGAUUGAUCUACAACUAAUGGAGGCUCUCCGGCCAAACACGGCACCAAACCCUGAGCUUCUGUUGAAGAAUCUCGACUGUAUCCGCGAUCUGGGUGAUUUUCGAAGACUUGUUGAAAGGAAUGUGAACGGGACUUGCGGUGCUGCGAUUCUUCAGACAAAUCAUUGUGAGCUGUUGACGCAGAUGCUGACCCGCUGCGAGCGCUUCCACUCCUAUCGGGACAUUCUUUCAACCUUGAAUGGUCUUGUUGCAAGGCUGGGAAGAUUAGGAGCGUAUAUCUCUCCAGGCCUUCACUACUUGGGCAUGCAUUAUGCUUGUCUCUGCUUUUCAGCCUCUGCCCUCAAGUAUCACCUGCAAGGCUAUCGAAAUGCCAAGGGCCAACGACUAAGCUAUGAAGCUAGUAUUUCCCUGGUUAAGGCUCUUCUCUCGACUCUUCAAUCUAUCAAAUUUGAAAACUCCAACUAUGACCCAAGCCCCAUGUUCAAUGUACUUAUGGGGGAGAGAGCCAGCGUCCGGGGAGCUCCUCCUAGAUUGCAUGAUUCUUUGAUCUGGUCUGAUAACUCAACAACGACUUCAAUCGAAGUUUACCUUUUGCUCCUCGUGAAAAUGGGAAAUACAAAUCGGGAGUCACUGGAGGAAGUAUGGCGUCGAUUCCUCGAGAGAGUCGCCUCUCAACCUUCAACUGUCGCUUUUCAGUCGGCCUAUACCUGCAUCCUAGCUAUGACCGGUCGUUUCGAGGCCAGGAGCACUGUUUUAUGGCUUAAGAAAGUAUCAAAAUUGGCAGGCAAUAUACUACCAGGAAUUUCAAAGUUCCGGGACCUCAACUCUCUGGUUGCUGCUCCUGAGUUACACGAUGCCCUUCCCUUUCUUGCCGGCCAAGAAGAGAGAAAGAGAAUCUUUGUGAAUCAACUAGAACAUAUGGAGAAAAGACUUGGCCUGCAAUGGCAAGCGCUCAAAUCAAGCCAUUCCAGCAUUUCUGACACCUUUGACAUUGCUACUAAUCAGCCCUUGCUGGCCAUCGACGGCGAGAAUUUCGGCUUUGACAGUCGUGAACGCUUGCUCACGGAAAUCCGAUAUCUUGGUUGUUCGAAGUCCGCUACGGAUCUGGGAACAAUUGCCGACCUAUUGAACGAACAUGAAGGUAGCGAGAUCCCUGUUGCAAUACCAGGCGAAGCAAACGAGUGCACAGAUUUUUCUUGGAUCCCUCAUUUAUCUCCAAUUGAGUUCGCGGGCUCGCAGUUACCUAAAAGACACAAUACAUCUGAGCCAUGGUCACCAUCCACUUUAGGCUUAAUUCGUGCCCGACCUCUCCUCAACGGGGCCCCUCGAACCGGAGAGCGUACUUUGCACCUUAUGCAGCUUGGAUAUCUUGUCACGAGACCCAAGAAAGCUCUCUGGCAAAUUGACAAAAAUCGCUCAUGGCAGGAAACCGGGCAUAUCGUCGCUUGGGACCGUAUCAGAGGUGAAUUUGUCGGACUGUUCCUCGGAAAAGGUCGCGGGUUGGUUGAUGUUGGUCUACGGCCGGAAUCUUUUCAUCCACCAGCUGGUCUCGGUAUCAUUGAGAAGAUCAGGCUUCUUGAGGAACCAGAGAUUACCCCGUCAACCAUCAAUGGGCUUGACAUUGUCUCACCAGCGGCCAAUGUUGAAAGGCAUUAUUUUGACGUGGACCCUGCAGAGCUGGUGUCAUGAUGGACACUAUGCUGUUUCCAGACUCUUAAUCAUCAAUCGUUUUCGAUUGAACCAGCACUGCUACGUAUUCACUGAUAGUCAAACGGAGAAGCAGUAGUUAACAAAUCUGUAUAAGAUCUUAGACGCUCUCAGACCCAAAUUACAAUGUCAAGAUAUGCCAUAUCCCAUAUUUGAAUUUGCUUGAUAUAUAUUCUCUGUGGCUAAAUGGAUGAGAUGAAAAACCGGACGGCUUGUCCCACCACUUGAAAUCUUUGAUUAAAAGUUUCUUAUUAGGGGCUACACUGGGAUCUGUUGUCUUUCUCUAGUUAGAGAGAUCAAUUGAGCACCAGGUACAUAAUCCUACCCAAAAGACUAAUUCUACUGAAAUAUGCAAGUACGUCAUAUAUAUGAAUUUUUGUAUAGCAUUGG